AUGAAGUGCGCUAUUGCGCUCUCCGUGCUGCUUCUCUCGGCGAUCGUUUACAAGUCGACCCGCGACUCCACAAACUCGCACACGCGUAGUCCGAUCAUCGACUUCAAACCGCACUGGCUCGACGCUCAAAAAUCCGAGGACUACAUCUUCGCGAAGCACUUCCUCGAUAUCUCAAAAGAAGACUUCCCGAAGGAAAACCACCUCUCUCAGAAGAACUCCACCGAUUUUGUCAUCGACAACGCGGUCACCCACCAGAUGGUUCUCCCGACUCUCGACUUCCAGGCCAUCUACAUCUUUGUCAAGUGAGUUGGGCCUUAAAACUUUUCAGAAAGAGAGAGAAAGAGAGAGAGAGAGAAAUAAAGAGAGGGAGAAGUGACUAGGGUUCCAGAAAAUCGAGCGCAAAAAUCUGAUCUUCAAUAUAUUGCUUUGCAGCGACGGAGCUGCGAACGUUUCGAUCAAGAUGUGCAAAGACAGCACCUUCAUCCCGGGAGGAAACGUCACCCGCGGCUGGAACAUCCUUGCCCUGGACUUUCUCGCCCUUAUCCAUAAGGCCGGCUGCAAGAACUUCUCUUUGUUUUCCCACCGCCCGAUGCUCAAAUUCAAUGGCACUGCCGAAUUCACUAUUUGGCAGACGCACAGAAUCGUCUUCUUCCAGCCCCACCACGACCUCUUCGGCGAUAUCUUCCUCUACAGUAAGAGCUCACUUCUCAUUUUACUGAAGCAAUCCUUCCUGUUUUCAGUCGUAAGUGUCCUCAUGGUCUUGUCCCUCAUCCUCCCGAUCGUCCUCUGCAAGCUGCGCCAGAACAUCACCGCCACCGAACGCGACACCGAUCCGGUUCCGGACACUCCCUCGAAGACUGGCUCAACCGAAAAGGUCGCUACCGACCAAUCGGAGAUGCCCUUCUGA